AUGAACAUCUCGCUCCUUUCCCUCAUGGGCUUCCUCGCCCUCACCACCGCUCUUCCAAGCGGCCCCAAGGAAACCCCCCCCCCUUCGCUGGAGCAGCGCCAGGACAGCUUCCGUGCCUACCAUGCCCAGAAUCCCCGCCAGGCCAGCGUCACCGCGGGACCCAGCCAGCUCACCAUCACCGUAGUAAACAAGAUGGCCGACCCCGUGAGCACCUCGUACGUCGGCAAUGCGGGCGUGCCCGGUCCUGUCUCCGGUGGCACUGGUACCGGCACCUUGAAGCCGGGCGAGACCGCCACCCUUGUCGCACCGCAGGAAUGGGCUGGCAAUGUUGCUGUCAAUUUAGCCGAGUACCCCAUGAACGGUGAUGGCUCACUGCUUGAGGGGUCGUUGAUGUCAUGGGGCGACGUUGGCUACCGAGUCGACAUGGACGUGUCGUACGUCAACGGUUUCUCCGUCCCGAUAACCUGCACCUGCAACAAGGACAAGUCGGUGCUGUCGGGCUGCUCCCUGGACCUGUGGAGCAUGGGCAACUGCACCGGCGACGCGGGCACCAACAACGGGGAGGGCGCGUGCGCCAACCCGCUGAGGCCCGACAACUCGGAGAAGCUGACCGCGACGAGCUUCUUCGCCCCCUGCGAGGGCGCCGCCUUCACGUGGCCCCGCGACGACGCGAACUCCGAGGGCCAGUGCCAGGGCGCCGAGGUUACGUGCUGCAUCGGUUCGACCGACGACGGGUGUCCCGCGAACCCUAAGCAGAAGAGCUCUUAA